ACGCAUACGCAUCUGGGGUAAAGUCCACCUGCUUUGCCCCUAGGGUAAGGUGCACAAAAAUAUAUAAAACAUGUUCUCUUACCCAUGAGAAAAUAUUAUAAAAGCCAUAUCAACAAUGGCUUUUAUAUUAAACAUAUCAAUCCUUUGUAUUUUUCCUCCUGAUUUGCAAUAAUGCCGCCAUUGGCAAAGAGACAACAAUGGCUUCCACCAUGUCUUAUAUAUUUCCUUUUGGCCUCUGUUGCUUCGCAUAGACGAAGAAGCUAGUUUGUUUUCCGAGCAUAUCAACAAUUAAUGGCUUCCACCAGCACCCAAUUGCAACAGGACGGAGCUUCUCUCCCUUCUGGGUCUAGUUCCUGGAAAUACGACGUCUUCUUGAGUUUUAGAGGUGCAGACACUCGAAAUGACUUCGUCGACCAUCUCUAUUCGGCUUUGCAUCAGAAGGUUAUUUUCACGUUCAAGGAUGACCAGAGGCUCGAGAGAGGUGAAUCAAUUUCUCCAGCACUCUUGAAAGCCAUCGAAGAGUCGAGGUUUGCCGUGGUGAUUUUCUCUGAGAACUACGCUUCUUCCAAGUGGUGCUUGGAGGAACUCGUUAAGAUCCUUGAGUGCCAGAAGAAGAGGGCACUCACCGUCUUGCCCGUUUUUUAUAAAGUAGAUCCCUUAGAUUUACGAAAACAAAGAGGGAGCGUUGGAGAAGCAUUCACCAAACACAAGCAAGAUUCUAGCGAAGAGAAGGAGAAGCAGAAGGUGCAGAGAUGGAGGAAUGCUCUAAUGGAAGCAGCCAACAUUUCUGGGUGGAAUUCAAAAACACACAGGCCUGAAGCAAAGCUUGUCCGAGACAUUGCCAUUGAUAUUCUAAAUAAAUUGGGAUAUAAUAGUUCAAGUGAUCUUAAAGAUGUUGUUGGAUUGCUUCCUCGUAUAGCAGAAGUGAGGUCACUAUUAGAAAUGGGGUUGGAUUUGGAUGAUCCACAUAUAGUAGGGAUAUGUGGAAUGGGAGGUAUAGGAAAGACUACUAUUGCCAAGGCUGUCUAUCACCAAAUUUGUUCUCAGUUUCAUGCCAGUUGCUACCUUCCAAAUGUCAGAGAAGCUGCUGAUGGGAAGCAUGGCUUGGAGUCAUUGCAAAAAUCUCUUUUUGUUGAUAUUCGCUUGGUCUCAGAUAGUGAUAUAAAAAUAAGAAAGAUUGAUUGGCCUGGGCUAAUAAGGAACGCGGUAGGGAAUAAGAGGGUUCUUGUAGUUCUGGAUGAUGUAGACCAUUCAGAUCAACUAGAUGCCCUCAUUGGUACACUUGAUUGGUUUGGUCCAGGAAGCAGAAUUAUAAUAACAACCAGAAAUAGUCAUUUACUUGCCAGAUAUGGUCCAAGAAGUCAUGUCUACAAUGUUGAGGGACUAAAUGACGAGGAAGCUUUUAAGCUAUUUUGUUGUAAAGCAUUCUGGAACAACCAGCCAAUGCCAGGUUUUGAGGAUCUCAUAAAAAGUGCAGUUGAUUAUGCCAAAGGAGUUCCACUAGCUCUUAGAGUUUUGGGCUAUUUUCUAAUUGGUAGAGAGGUAAACGAAUGGCAAAGUGCAAUCCAUAGAUUGAGACAAGAGCCUAAUCCAGAUAUUCAAAAAGUGCUCAAAUUAAGCUAUGACAAACUGGGGCGUGAGGAGCAAGAAAUUUUCCUCGACAUUGCUUGCUUCUUUAAAUGGUAUAGCGAGGAGUACUGUAUAGUUGUGAAUUUGCUGGACGCUUGUGGUUUCCACGCAGAUAUUGGAAUACGUGUUCUUGAAGACAAGGCACUUGUAACAAUAAGAGACAAUAAGAUAGAUAUGCAUGAUCUAAUACAAGAAAUGGCAUGGCAUAUUAUUAAUGAAGAAUCCCCAAAAGAGCCGGGUAGAAGAAGCAGGUUAUGGAAGUACAAAGACAUCUAUCAUACACUCACAAAACAAAUCGGGACAGAAGCAGUGGAGGCCAUAGUUUUGGAUUCUCGUGAAAUAAAAGAGAUAUCCUUAAGUCCUGAUACGUUUUCAAAGAUGAGCAAAUUGCGACUACUCAAGCUUAGUAAUGUUCAGCUUCCUAAUGGUCUCGACUACCUUUCCAAUGAUUUACGCCUUCUUGAUUGGCACAGAUACCCUUCAAAAUACCUGCCAUCAAAUUUUCAAUUGGACAACCUUGUCAAACUAAAAAUGUCGCAUAGUUGCCUGAAACAACCUUGGGAUGGAAGAAUGUGCCUAGACAAGUUGAAAUAUGUUGACCUCAGUUAUUCACCAUGCAUAACCAAGAACCUAGAUUUUACACAGGUAGCAAAUCUUAAGGAAUUGAUUCUUGAAGGCUGUACAAACUUUGUUGAGAUCCCAUCCAUUGAAGCCAUCAAAAGGCUUACGUUAUUAAAUUUGAGGGGCUUGAAACAUCUUAAGGUUCUUCCCACGGGCUGUUGGCUUAAAUCCCUUGAAGAACUUAUUCUUUCUGGUUGCUCAAGACUCAAAAAUGUUUCUGAAGUCUUAGCAUUUACGGAAUGCUUAAUCGUGCUUGAUUUGGAUGGGACUUGUGUAAAGGAACUUCCAGUUGAACAUCUCAACAAUCUUCAAUUUAUUAGGCUACGGGAUUGCAAAGAACUUACAAGUCUUCCAAGUGGCAUUUGUGGGUUGAAACUUCUUGCAAGUUUGAUUGUUUCUGGCUGCUCAAAACUUAGCAAGUUGCCCGAGAACCUAGGAGGAUUGGAGAGAUUGCGAGAACUUUGUGCUGAUUUUACUGCUAUUAAGCAACCACCGUCCUCGAUUAUAAGCCUGAAGGAGCUUAGGUUUUUGUCAUUUAGGGGAUGUAAGGGACCAGUAACAUCAACACCAUGGAAUUCAUUAUUCUCGUCAUUUCUAAUUCAAAGAGUACGCCACGAUCUCAUGAGUUUUGAGCUACCUGCUCUAUCAGGCUUACACUCAUUGUAUUUACUAGAUCUCCGUGACUGCAACUUCUCAGAAGGAUUUCUCCCAAAUGACCUAGGCUCCAUAUCCUCGUUGACAUAUUUAUUCCUUAGUGGUAGCAACAUUAUUAGUUUGCCAGCAAGCAUCAGAGAUCUUUACCAGCUUAGCUGUCUUGAAUUGACGGAUUGCAAGAAGCUUAAAACGUUGCCCUUUCUCCCGAGAAAUAUCAUUUUCAUUGAUGCAAGUGGAUGCACAUCAUUAGAAACAUUGCCGGAUCCGGCUAUGUUGCCUAGAAAGCUUGUGCGAGCCAUUUUAAUUAAUUGCCAUACACUAGUAAAGAAUAGGCCCAGCCUCCCCCUUGAAGUUCUCAGAAAUUAUCUUAAGGGUUUUAAUGUUUUCGAAUACUUAAAUAUUGUUGCUCCUGGAAGAGAGAUUCCAAAGUGUUUCAGCAAUCAAAAUAAUAUGGAGCAUUAUGUUCGAAUCCAACUGAUGUCAGAUUGGUAUCAAAGGCUCAGGGGUUUUGUUGUAUGUGCUGUUUUUGAGGUCGAAGGCUAUGUGGAAUGUUACGCGAUGUUUAAUGAUGUAGUCUGUUCCACGAAACACCACAUUGGCAACUUCAAAAUUCCGUCCGAUCACUUAUUUUUGCAUUACAUGCCAUUGCAUUAUGCCUUUGAAUGUUAUUUGGCUGAAGUUAGGAGAAAGUUGGAGGUGAAUGAUUUGGAAAAGAUUGAGAUAAUCUUUUAUUUUAGAACUUAUAGGUCUAAAAUGCUUACCCGGGUAAAAUGCGCUGUUCAUAUGGUAUAUGAGAAUGACAAAGAACGGUUCUGUGAUGAGUUUUGGAAUUCAUCGAUUGUCCAUGAUGAGUUUUGGAAUUUCAUUAAAAAUUAUCAAUAACCUUUCUAGCAAUUAAGGAGGAAGAUUAAUAGGAAAAGAAUUGGUUGCCAAAACAUUUUGGGUACUUCCACAAAAAGAAGUGGUCUUACACUCCUACUAUUGCAAUACUGGGAAAAUUCUUGUGCUUUAUUGUCUGGGUUGUUUGUAGGCUAUAAUGUUCCUAAUUUUAUUU